AUGCCGUUCGUUCGUAACGAAGCUUCAGCUGUUGCUAAAGAUGGUGACAAAUUGAAAGUGGUUACUGUGAAGAAGCACUACAAAUUUCCAAAAGAUGAAGAGAUGGUCGCUGAAACUCCGAAAAACAACUUCUUGCCGAAAACUCCACUCAAAAGAAAGCGUGAAGACAAGGAAUGGAUCAGAUCCAAGGCUAAAUCCGCAAUCAUCCCAGCUGAAACUGCCGCAGUCUUGAAACCAGAGUAUUUGUUCAAAGAGCCAGGACCACUUAUCGUCUACCUUUGCAAUGCUUCUUUGGCGAUGUGCACUGUCUGCCGCUUCCACCACAACCAACAGAGAAACUUGAAGUUCUUCCAACACGAGCUCCCAGCUGUCAAAAAGGAAUACAAUCUCUGA